AUGGCCGUCUCCAGGAAGAUCAAAGAGAGCAUGGAGCAGGGCUCCAUGAUCCGGCGCAUGUUCGAGCAGGGGGCCGCCCUCAGGCUGGAGCGCGGCGGAGAGAACGUCUUCGACCUGUCCCUGGGCAACCCGGUCGUGGAGCCCCCGGCCGCCUUCUUCGCGGAGCUGAGGCGGCUCGCCGACAGCCCAGAGCCCGGGAUGCACCGCUACAUGCCCAACGCGGGAUACGUGGAGACGCGGGCCGCCGUGGCCGCGCAGCUGGCCGAGGAGACGGGCCUGGCCUUCACUCACGACGAGGUCGUGAUGACCGUCGGCGCCGGCGGGGCCCUGAACGUGGUGCUGAAGACGCUGCUGGACCCGGGGGACGAGGUCGUGGUCUUCGCGCCCUACUUCGUCGAGUACCUCUUCUACGCCGACAAUCACGGCGGCUCCUGCCGCGCGAGCAUCAACGGCAGCACCAAGGUCGUCCUGAUCAACUCACCCAACAAUCCCACAGGCGUCGUGUACGAUGCCGGGCUGCUGGCGCGCCUCGGGGAGAUCAUCCAGACCAAGGAGAGGCAGCUGGGCACGGAGAUCUUCCUGCUGAGCGACGAGCCCUAUCGGAGGGUGCUCUUCGACGGCCUCGAGUACCCCCACGUCUUCCACCACCACCGGAGAAGCAUCGUGGCCACCUCCCACUCCAAGGACCUGGCUCUGCCCGGAGAGCGCAUCGGCUACAUCGCCGUCCAUCCCGACUACGGCGACAAGGGGGAGCUGAUGGAUGGACUCAUCUUCUGCAACCGGACGCUGGGGUUCGUCAACGCGCCAGCCCUCAUGCAGAGGAUCGUGGCCAGGCUCCAGUCGGAGACGGUAGACGUGGGGGAGUACCAGGCCAAGCGAGAUUUCUUGUAUGGACAGCUUCGGGACAUGCGCUACGAUGUGGUGAAGCCGCAGGGGGCCUUCUACAUGUUCCCCAGGUCGCCCAUCGACGACGACGCCAGGUUCGUCGACGAGCUGAUGGAGUACGGGGUGCUGGUCGUUCCCGGCGGCGGGUUCGGAGUGCCCGGGCACUUCCGCAUCUCCUACUGCGUCGAGGACAAGACCCUCGCGGGCGCCCUGCCGGGCUUCCAAGCCGCCAUCGAACGAUACGCCUGA